AUGAAAAUCAUUGCUCGUUCGUAUAUCUGGUGGCCUAGUAUAGAAAAAGAAAUUGGGGAUAUGGCCCGAAACUGCAAUGAAUGCAUAAAUGCGAGACCUAAUCCUCCUAAGUCAGUACUAACUCCUUGGAAAUGGCCACAAAGACAAUGGAUGAGAGUGCAUUGCGAUUUCUUAGGUCCGUACAAAAACAAAACAUUCUUAAUUAUUGUCGAUGCAACCACAAAGUGGUUAGAAGUUUGUCAAGUAAAUUCGAUGACAGCACAAACGGUCAUAACAAAACUGUCUGAGUUAAUUUGCACGUUUUGGCAUUCCCAGAACAAUAACAACUGA